AUGUUGGAGGCGAUCUCCUCCGCGAACCGGCUAAACGAAGACCUUGAAGCCGCGAAUAUGAACAACCGACAGCUCUUUCAUGUCUUCGCCACCGACGGGAACAUCAAAAGCAAUCAUCCUCGUCGCAUGUCAAGAUGUACCUCCAGACCUUCGCCCACCCGGAUGAACAAUAAGAGGACCGCGACUGUCUUUUCGAACCCGCAACAGCGAUGGUCUGCAAUUGUCUCGCGGAACCCUGACGCCGCGGGCUCUUUCGUCUACGCCGUCAAGACAACAGGGAUCUACUGCCGGCCCGACUGUAAAGCUCGACUGGCCCGACGAGCAAACAUCGUCUUCUUCGACAGCGGUCCCCUUGCACAAGAAGCAGGCUACCGGGCGUGUAAACGGUGCAAACCAGAAUUGCUUGCGUCCCAGGAGGAGGACCCUUUGGUCGGCAAGAUUCGACAUGCCGUCUUCUUGGUCGAGGAUCAUGCUUCACGGGGUCAAAAGAUCAGGCUGGGGGAUCUCUCCCACCAAGUCGGCCUCAGCAAGUGGCAUCUGCUAAGGGUCUUCCGUCGCAUCCAAGGCCUGUCUCCGCAUGAGAUGUCGACGGCAAUCAUAAAUGCUAUCGAGACCGAAGGUGACGGGAAUCAAGAGUCGCCAUUGCUACCGGCAGGAAGCGACACUAGGGCGAGGACGACCAUGUGCCAUGGCGAGUUAGAUGUACCGACAGAGGCUUCCUGGGACGCUCAAAGCCCUGAGGACAUGAACUGGGAUUGGGGAGGCUCAGGGCAUGCAGAGGUAGACGAUGUUCUGAGAGAUCUGUUCCCCGAGCUCUACGGCGGUUUCGCUGGGUGA